AGAAAAAGGAAAGAAAGAAGAACGCAUCUUUACUUCUCUCACUCUCUCUCGUUAUAUAUAAUUAGAUUCUUGGUUUUUAUUUGUAAAGAAGAAAAAAAUAGAUAUGGAAGAAAUAGAAAUACCCCAAUAUUUUUUAUGUCCUAUAUCACUUCAAAUUAUGAAAGAUCCGGUGACGACGGUGACCGGAAUAACAUACGACCGGGAAAGCAUCGAGAUGUGGUUGUUAACGGCGGAGGAAGAGACGGAGACGGCGGCGUGUCCGGUAACAAAGCAACCUUUGCCUAAAGACACCGAGUUGUUGACACCAAACCAUAUGCUCCGGCGGCUAAUUCAAGCUUGGUGCACAGUCAACGCAGAGAAAGGCGUUGACCGAAUUCCAACACCAAAGUAUCCUAUGAACAAGUCGAAUAUACUCCGAUUAAUUCGACAAGUUAAUAAUAAUGAUCAUCAGCUUUGUGCUGAAGCUUUGAGGAAAAUGGCUGAUUUGGUUAGUGAGAAUGAGAAGAAUAGGAAAUGCUUGGAGCAAGUUGGUGCAAUUAAAGCUAUAGUUUGUUUCAUAGUAAAGAGCUUCAAAUGUGAGAAAUUAAUUCCUGGUAUUGAAGAAGCUUUGAGGAUUUUCCAUUUAAUUUGGAAUCCGACAUCCGAAAACAAGCAGUAUGUAAAGGAUAACCAUGAUUUAGUUCAAGCUAUUUUAUGGAUUUUAAAGAGCGAAUUGAAAACCAGUCACGUUCUGAUCAAGACUCAUGCAAUGAUGGUCUUGAAGAAUGUGACAGAAGUCUCGAGUUCGAACCUUUUAUCGGGAUUAGACCCCGAGUUUUUCCAACAAAUGGUGAAUACAUUGCGAAAAAAUGGAAAAAACUACAUCUCCCAACAAGCAACAAAAGCAGCUUUGCAAGUGCUAAUAGAUGCAUGUCCAUGGGGAAGGAAUAGGCUAAAAAUCGUCGAAUCGGGUGCCAUUUUCGAGCUAAUUGAGCUUGAAUUAUCUAACCCUGAGAAAAGGGUUAGUGAAUUAGUGUUCUGUCUAUUGGCUAAUUUGUGUGUAUUAGCUGAUGGGAGAGCAGAAUUGUUGAAACAUGCAGCUGGAAUUGCAGUGGUCACAAAAAGGACACUACGGAUUUCUUCGGCUACAGAUGAUAGUGCACUUCAGAUUCUUGGUUUAAUUUCUAAGUUUUCUGCCACAAACGAAGUGUUAUUGGAAAUGUUAAGAGUAGGGGGGGUAUCAAAACUUUGCAUGGUAAUUCAAGCAGAUUGCGAACCUCAUUUGAAGAAGAAAGCAAGAGAGAUAUUGAGAGCACAUUCUCAUGUUUGGAGCAAUUCUCCUUGUAUACAAGUUUAUCUUUUGACAAGAUUUCCUGGACAAUAGCAAGAGUAGAGCCCUAAAACCUUGAAUAGUUUUUUUUUUUUUUUUCAUUUUAUUUUCCUUAUAUAAAUAGAGCUAGCCAACACACUGCCUUUUUGUUAUACUGUAAAACAGCAUCGAAAUUAUACAUAUAUAGAAACCCCAAUGAUAUUUGUGAAGUACUUAUUGGUCUAUUUUUCUCUUCUUUAAAUGUAGCAAGCAACCC